GCCUGCCCCUUCCGGUAGCCAUGCGCCUCGGGGUAGAGGAGACCCUGGGAGCCCUGAACUCGGCCUUGGGGCCUGGCGGCCCAGUGUGGUUCAAGGAGACGCACGCCCGCCACCUGCGUGCCCGAGACUUCUUGGCACCGCGCCGCGCAUUGCAGGCGCGCUUUGGGGACGACCAGGUGCCUGAGGGCGUGGUUCACGCCAUCGUUGGCCUACAGGGUCCGGGCGUGGCCCCGGUGCUGUGCUGCGCGCCGACCCCCGCGGGGCUGGCGCUUCAGCUGCAGCGGUCCGCUGUCUUUGAGCGUGUGCUCUGUUCCGUGGCCGCCUAUGCCGCGCCCGCCGCCCCCACCGGCCCUACCCCGCGCGUCGUCUUGCACUGCCCGGCGCUGCGCGGCAGCCCCAGCACCCUCCGCCUGAGCCAGCUCCGUGCCGUGCUCGUGGCGGACCACCUGGCGCGAAUUCUGCAAGCUCACAGGGUGAGUGUGCGCCGAGUCCCCGCUGUGCGGGACCCGCACAUGCCGACCUUUCUGCGGCAGCUGCGGGUGGACUGGCCCGAGGUCUCAGAGAAACCCUCGACCGAAGCCCUAAGGAAUCGCGCGAUUGCAGAGCUCUCCCCUGCCCGUGAGGCUGGAGCCCUGCCCCCUGGCACCCUGGGUCGAGUGUGCCUGAAGGAACUGAUGGAGGAGCGGGGACGCACAGCUGGCUAUGACCCCAGUGUGGACAGCUGUUUGGUGACGGAGGAUCUGCUCUCUCUGCUGGCCGAGCUGCAGGAGGCUGUGCAGGCUGGUGCCGAGGGCAGCUCCCUAGGCCUGGCUGUGGCCCCAGAUGCUGGCGCAGAUAGCUAUGUGGUCCUACACGUAGUGAGCUGUGAGGAGGAGUUCCAGCAGCAAAAGUUGGACCUGCUUUGGUGGAAGCUGGAUCAUCAGGCUCCUCUCACACAGAAGCACCUGGUCUGUGGCCCAGUGAAAGUGACUGGUGCGCCCAGCAUCCUGACUGCCCCCGAAUACUACGAGCUCCGGCACGCCCAGGUGUGCAAGGUGUCAUCACUGAAGCAUGGCAAGGACCUGGAACAAGACCCAGCCUGGAUGGAAAUCUUCAGGGUUCUGUCUGUGGCUACCAUUAAAUUUGAGAUGCUCAGCACAGCCCCCCCGAGUCAGCUUCUCCUGGCCCUGGCUGACAGCAGCAUUUCCACCAAGGGCAGCAAAAGUGGCACCUUCGUCAUGUAUAACUGUGCACGUCUCGCCACCCUCUUUGAGGGUUACACGUGCAGCGUGGAACAAGGUCUGUACCCCACCUUCCCACCUGUGAGCAGUCUAGACUUCUCCCUGCUGCGUGAUGAGGGUGAGUGGUUGCUACUCUUCAACAGCAUCCUCCCCUUCCCAGACCUGCUGAGGCAGACAGCAGCCCUGACCCUGCCCUGCCCCACCCCAGGGCUUCACGUCGCUGCGCGCACAGAGACGGUAUGCAAGUUCCUGGUCCAGCUCAGCAUGGACUUCAGCUCAUACUAUAACCGGGUACACAUCCUAGGGGAGCCUCGGCCACACCUGUUUGGUCAGAUGUUUGCCCGUCUGCAGCUUCUGCGGGCCGUGCGAGAAGUGCUCCACACUGGGCUGGCCAUGCUGGGUCUCCCUCCGCUGAGUCACAUUUAAGGCCAAGGAGGCCUUAGGAUCCAGGAAUGUCCACAAAGUCAGCAACUGAAAGGGUGGGGUGGGGGGAGGAUCUGGAUUUUUUUUUUUUUUAACGAUCUGGAGCCAAAAUAAAUUGUGUGACAAGGUUUUGUCCCCUGGCA